AGCGCGAGUCAAGCAGCAGUGCGGCUCGCUCAGCCGCUGGUGCCAUCCACUGUCACACAACUGAAGCCCCCUGCAAUUUACCUUUAUAAUCGACUUCUCUCUACAUUAUUAUUAUUAUUAUUAUUAUUCCUCUACCUCUGUAAUUUUAGAGGCCGACACAGGGAAGUUGUUCGUGGACAGGACAGAGGAGUCAGAGAGAGAGAGAGAACCCGGUCUCCCAGGAGCCGAAGGUGCAGGCACGCGCUCGUCACAUUGUGAAAGUUGGAUUUUACGUCGGAGGAGGAGAUAUCGCCCGACAGAUGCGGCUCAGAAGAUGAGCAGCGGUGAAGAGCGGACCGGGGCAGAUCAACGGAAUCCAGAGCUGUCCACGGCAGUGUGGUGUGCGUAGAUAAGCCCCCUUAUGAGGUGAAAACUCUUCCCCAUCCUGCAAUUUCCCCUCCCAGCACCAACAGCAGGAAAAAGGGAUGUCACGGCUGUUCCUCCUUUUGGCAACGCUCGUCGUCUCCUGCAGCGUCCAGGUGUCUCCCGCUGCCACCCUGGAUAAGCUGAAGGAGAGUUUGAAGUUGUACAUGGACGAGUGUGAUCGCAACAACAGCCGAGACCCGCCGAGCACCGGCCUCUUGUGCAACAGGACGUUUGACAAUUACGCCUGUUGGCCUGACGGAGUCCCCAACACCACUGUGAGCGUGCCAUGUCCGUGGUAUCUGCCAUGGUACCAUGAAGUUCUGCACGGUAUGGUGUAUCAGGAGUGUGACGCAAACGGCCAGUGGGUGGCUACGAAGAAUACCAGCGAGUGUGACUCCAAUAAUCCAAGGAAGCAGUACUAUGGCCACAUCCGGAUCAUGUACACAGUGGGAUAUUCCUUAUCUCUGGUGGCUUUGGUGCUGGCGCUCGGUAUCCUCAUAUUCUUCAGGAAGCUGCACUGCAUGAGGAACAACAUCCACAUGAACCUGUUUGCCUCCUUCAUCCUGCGAGCGCUGUCUAUCCUCAUCAAGGACGCUCUGCUGGUGGCCAACAUCACAUCGCAGGACCUCAACAGGGACCAGGAGCAGGAAUUCCCCCGGGCGUCCAUGCCUCCAGUGGAGCUGCUGGUCAACAACGAGAUAACAGUGAGCUGUCGCAUCGCCGUGGUGAUGAUGCAAUACAGCAUCAUGGCCAACACCUACUGGCUGCUGGUGGAGGGCAUCUACCUCCACAACCUGCUGGUGAUCACCGUGUUCACCGAGAGGAACUACUUCAAAAUCUACCUGUGCAUCGGCUGGGGUACUCCGUUGAUAUUCCUUGUGCCCUGGGUGAUAGCUAAAUAUCUGUAUGAAAAUCAAGAGUGCUGGGGGCAAAACAUAGACAUGAAUUACUGGUGGAUCAUACGUUCCCCGAUUCUGCUGGCAGUUGUGAUCAACUUCCUCAUCUUCAUCCAUAUCAUUAAAAUUCUUGUGUCAAAGCUUCGAGCGCACCAGAUGAGAUACACCGACUACAAGAUCAGGUUGGCUAAGUCGACUCUCACCCUGAUCCCCCUGCUGGGUAUCCAUCAGGUGGUCUUCAUCUUUGUGACGGACGAAUCUACCAAGACCACCAUCAGUUUGCGUCUCACCAAGCUCUUCAUCGACCUCUUCCUCUCGUCCUUCCAGGGUCUAUUGGUCGCCAUCUUGUAUUGCUUCGUGAACAAAGAAGUGCAGUCUGAGAUCCUGAAGAAGUGGAAACGCUGGAAGCUCGGGAGGAACAUCGAGGAGGAGUACCGCCACACUUACAGCAAUACCCCCAACACCAAGACCGGCAGCCUGCUGAACCACGUCUCCCGGUUGCCUCACCUCCCGGACAUCGCCAAAGCCUCCGCUCCACUCUGCAGCCCCGAGGAGAGGCACAUGCUGGUGGCCCGCUGCCACAACGGCGCGGCGCACAAUACGGGGGAAGGGCAGUGCACCUCUCCGCUGCACCGGGGCACCGUCAGCAACUGCACCCUGGUGGAGGACCUCAGCCUCACGGACAAGGCGCAGUGUUACAAGGCAAAGCGGGAGAACGCAGAGAGCCGCCUGUGAAAGGCUCCGGGAACUCUGUGAGGAAACUUGGAGGGCAUUGAGAGCGCUGGCUCCGACACACUGCGCUGGGUGGCUGUGAAGAGCUGGGCUGAUGGAGUCAUCUGUCAGAGCGGCCUUCCGCACAGAGAUCAGUGACACCGGGAGACUGAACAGCACUCAGCCCUCUCCACGGCCUGAGUACGGAGGACAAAAAAACACGGCAGACGUCCUACGCCGAGGGUCCGAAUGUGCUGUGAGCUUUGUGAAUGCAUUUCUGUAGAUGUUUGUCGGACGGUGUAACAAACUGCUGCAUGUUGAACAAUGCAACAACAGAAUCUCAAAGGCAGAUAUAAGCCCUGUAAAAUAAUACAAAAAAAGCCCAAAACCUCAAAUAGCAACGGCAACAAAGGGGGAAAAAAAGGACGCAGGGGUCUUUUUACACAAGCCUCUGUUUUUCAUUUGUGCUGUGAAUUUGUAAAUGUGUGUUUUUGUGGUACUGGAGGUUAAAGACAAAGUGGACGUUGAACUGUAUACACAAAAAAAAAAAAUACCAAACAAGUGACCCAGAAGAAGGACACUGCUUUUUCGCUCUGGUGUCUGUUAGUGUUUAUGUCCGAACUGACUCUGGUGAACAUGUACAGAAAAAGGAAGAGGCAGUUUCUGUCCACUGCACCUCACACAGGACGGUGACCACAGUGUUGUUUGAGUGUGUGUCGCCCCCCCCCCCCCCCCCCCCCCCUCCAGGGCCCAAGGGGAAAUUGGCAGCUGCUCUCAUUCUUGGCUUACGUAUAUAUCUUCAAAGAGGUCAAGUGAUGGUAUGGGAUGCAUUAUAAAUAAGCUAAAGUGAUGAGCGCUUGACUUGCUUAGCAGUUUUUACAAUAAAAAAAUCUUACGGGAGUUCUCUCCCUCCUCACCAUCAAGAUGUUAUCUGACUCACACGGCCGAUGUGAACUUGCUCACAAUCACUCUUGAGAUGAAAGCAGAUCGGGGGAAGAGUGCACUCAAAUCACGGAGUUAAAAUAACACGGCACAUAGACGUGACCUGUUAAGGCACACAUGCAUAAUGUAUGAAUUCAACGCAGUGGCUCAAAGUAACAUGUCACCUCUGGCGGAAGGGUGUGUGUUUGCGCGAUGCUAAAUAGAAGCUGUCGUGCAUGCAGCCGCGUGCGCCAUGCCAUCGCACCAGUGUCUCCGCUGUGCAAAGGCCAAAAAGUCAAAGAGUCUGUGAUAAAGACUGCAUGCGGUCAGUUCCUCUACAGACAGGUCAGUAUACAGCCUCAUUCUGUGUCCGCGGGGCCUGUGGAGUCUGUGCAAAGCUCCACGCCCGUAAGAACAUCAAAUCCCCUCUGGUAAGCAUGCUAGUGACAGCUAAAUUAGCGGUGGUACAGUUGCUUCUGAAUAUAUUGCUUUUUAGUUGUUGUUGUUUUUUUGAAAAAGGGAAUAUUCUUCAAAAACAUCAGUUAACGUUUAAGUUGCUGAAUAUCUUUGCCAGAACUAACUCAACUUGGUAUGUAUGACUAUUUGCACAAUGUUAAUUUAUAAUUGCUAAAUACUGUGUGUAUACAGUGUAUAUGUGAUUUACCUGAUUACUGUCCAUAUGUGUAAUGUGCGUGUGUGUGUGUGUGUGUAUAUAAGAGUAUAUUUUCCGUUGGGUAUGAAUGUGUGUCGUUUCAGUAUUCCAGAUGUGUGCAUGUGUUACAGUCGGUCGAAUCAGCCGGUGGCAGCCAGAGGUGCAGCGGGUUGAUGUGAAACAGUGCAACAGGCUUCACAGCGAGCGCAGAGAUCAGGGGUCGAUAUGAGUCGGUCCCGCUCGAACACAUACAGCCCCAAACCGCAGGACAUUCCCAGAAGUCACGCCUAUGGUAAGACGCAGCUCUUCGUUUUGUAAUGGAAGCUGCUCUCAGCGUGAUUCCUCCCAGUUAUUUUUGCAGUUCAGAGUUAAAUUGAAGCGCAGCAGCAACAUGUUUUUCUUUCAGAUAACAGCUCUGUGCAUUCUACACUGCAGCCACGUGCUGGCGGGAAUUGGGUUAGAUAACUGAAAUUGCUGCGGAGGACUGUAAUGGAGCAGGCAGACAGUCAACAGUGUUGUUGAGUUGAGCCGGGAGUGUGAUGCACACUGUGGCAGUGCUCUCGCCUCAGAGGUAAUGAGUUGUGUCUUUCAUGUUCCACGGAGCACGAGACACGUUUGGAUAUUGAUACGUCAACAAAGGAAUGUUGUGCACUUUUAGUAAAAUAGGGUUCCGUGGUGUAUAUAGGUAUAUUGCAGAUUUUAUUUCAAACCAAAACAUGUAUUUGAAACCGUGAUCAUGUUUGUUUUCUUGAAACCAGCAGCUUGGGUCACUCCCCUCUCUGGACCAAAGUGGUUCUGUCUGAAUGUAUUCUCUAAAAAGGCCCAAACAGGAAGGUUCCUCUGUAUGUUCUCAUGAAGGUGGUUAUGUACAGUGAAUGUGGUUAUGAGGAACCUGUCAGUACAAGCAGACUGUGUCCAGGUGUAUACAGUUCAUCUUAUAUUGUGUCCGCUUAUCAAACUCUGUCCAACUAGUGAAAGAAGAAAUGACAAUGUACGUGAAAGAGGAUUUUAACUGUUUUUUUUGUAUUGGUGAACAAUCACUAUGUUAAAAUAAAAAAGUAAAACGCA